GAGCUUUGCGCAAAACUUACUUGGCCGCGGAUCUCGCCAGGCUCGCUCAUACAUAACGAAUGAUUUCGUAGCGGUUUAAAAUUAUUGUGAAUAAGCUCAGUUAUUUUAAUAGUAGCUUGUUGGUUGCGUGAAACAAUUUAGAUAAUUGUCUGCCACUUGAAAUUCUUAUCAUGAAAUUUCAGGCUUCCACACCUGCCAUUAACGUGCCCAUCAUAUGGAUCCUUGGAGGACCAGGCUCAGGCAAAGGAACCCAAUGUGACCGAAUCGUAGCCAAAUAUGGAUUCACUCACUUAUCCUCCGGAGAUCUGCUCAGAAACGAAGUUAGCAGUGGAUCCUCCAGAGGCCAAGAAUUGUCGGCCAUCAUGGAACGAGGCGAACUGGUGCCUUUGGAGGUAGUCUUGGACCUGCUGAGGGAGGCUAUUUUGAGUGCGCUGCCCACCUCCAAGGGGUAUCUAAUUGAUGGCUACCCACGAGAAAAAGAGCAGGGUAUUCUGUUUGAGAAAACCAUUGCACCGGUGAAUCUUGUCAUAUUCUAUGACGCUUCUGAAGCCACGCUGGUUGAGAGAUUGUUGGGAAGGGCUAAAACUUCCGGACGAGUGGACGACAAUGAGGAAACCAUUAAGAAGAGGCUCAAUACGUUUAAUACGCACAAUGACCAAGUGGUUCAACAGUACACAGACAAGCUGAAAAGGAUUCAUGCUGAGAGAUCGACGGAUGAGAUUUUCGCAGAAACUUCACAGCACAUCGACGAACUGCUUGGUCAAUUCGCCAAAUAGCUGGAUGGAAAAAAUGAUCAAGAACAGGAAUAAUUAAGGCACCAAAGAAUCCGCCGCGGUUAAUCUGUUUGUUAUUUACCUAAAAACGGCUUUAAGUAAAUUUAAUUUAUUGUU